CUGCCAUUGCCCCUGUUUGAAAGGUCCUAUUAAACUAUGAUGGUAAGCCUUCCAAGAUCAUCUUCACAAAACAGAUAUAUGAAGCCAUUGCCUGCUGAAACCGUGUUCAAGCUUCCUUCCCCAUUACCCACUUGGCCUCCGGGUGAUGGCUUUGCCAGAGGAGCCAUUGAUCUGGGAGGAUUGAUAGUGUGCCAAAUAUCAUCUUUCACCAAGGUUUGGUCAGCCCUGCAGGGUGGCCCUGGAAAUUCCGGAGCCACAUUCUUUGAGCCAUCCCAAUUGCCUGAGGAAUUCUCAGUGCUCGGUCACUAUGCCCAGCCGAACAACAAGCAGCUAUUUGGCUGGGUUCUUGCCGGAAAGGAUGCUACGACUGACUCAUCGCACAGUGCCUUGAAGCUGCCAAUUGACUAUGGUCUUGUUUGGAGCAGCAAUGCCCUGAAAAUUAAGCAAGAUAGCCAUGGCUAUAUCUGGCUGCCAAUCCCACCAGAUGGGUACAAAGCCAUUGGCUAUCUUGUCACAAAUUCACCUCUCAAGCCCUCGCUCGACAAAAUCCGGUGCGUUCGAUCCGAUUUCACUGACAUUUGCCAGAAACACAAAUGGAUUUGGGGUCCCAAAAAGAAGCUCAAUCCGAAGAAACUGAAUGUAUAUAGCUUGACACCAGUACAUAGAGGGAUCAAAGAAUUGGCUGUUCCAACAGGCACAUUUCUAGUCCAAGACAACGAGAAUGAUUCCACACCACAGGCUUUGGCUUGUUUGAAGAAUGCCAAUGCCAACUACUUAUCGUCCAUGCCUAAUCUGAACCAAAUACAGGCACUGGUUCAAGCCUACUCUCCAUACAUUUAUUUCCAUCCCAGUGAAAAGUACUUCCCCUCUUCUGUAACCUGGUUUUUCAAAAAUGGGGCAAAACUAUACCGACUAGGCGAGGAGCCGAAUCCAGUUCCAAUCGAGCCGAGUGGAUCGAACCUCCCGCAAGGCGGGGCCAACGACGGCACCUUCUGGUUGGACCUCCCGGCCGACAGAGCCGCCAAGAGCCAUGGCAAGAGCGGCGAUCUUCAUGAAGCCAAGGUCUACUUGCAUAUCAAGCCGAUGCUCGGCGCAACAUUUACUGAUAUCGCAAUAUGGCUAUUCUUCCCGUUCAAUGGCCCAGGAAAGGCUAAAAUCUGGGGGAUUGUUACCUUUCCAUUGGGGAAAAUAGGGCAGCACAUUGGCGAUUGGGAACACUUGACGCUUCGAAUCAGCAACUUCAAUGGAGAACUAAGAAGCGUCUAUCUGUCACAGCAUAGUAGAGGAAGAUGGAUAAGCGCCUCGGAGCUUGAAUUUGAAGAUGGAAACCGGCCGGCGAUCUACGCAUCGCUGCACGGCCACGCCUUGUUUCCGAGGGCUGGAGGACGGCUGCAGGGGAAAAUAGGGAUCGGCGUGGGGAAUGACACUUCGGGGAGUGAAAUGGUGAUGGAUACUGCGGAAAGAUGUGUGAUCGUUGCGGCGGCGUAUUUGGGAGAGGCGGUGGCUGAGCCGCCAUGGCUGAAUUAUUGCAGAAAAUGGGGGCCUAAAAUUAGGUAUUUUGAUUGUCUUGGGAUGAGAGGUGCUUUGAGGAAGACGAGGAUUCCUAAGGAAGUGUUUGGAGAGGAAGGGCCUGUUGGCCCCAACAUGAAGGGUAAUUGGCGGGGAGACGAGACUGAAUCUAAGGAAGACAUUGUAUAAUC